AUGAUUCACAGUAAAGAGAUAAACUGUGUGGAGUUAGAUGAGAGUAAGAAGUUGAUUGUUACAGGAUCUAAAGAUAAGACGGUAAAGGUAAUGAAAUACUCCAUUACCUCUGGUGGUACUUUUAAUAUGGAGGACAUCUUUACUCUAAAGGGCCAUAAGAGGGGUGUCUGGAGUGUUAGUAUUGGUACCGAGCUAAUGGUUAGCUCUGGUAGUGAUAAUACCAUCAGGAACCUCAGCAUUAAGGAAGGAGAUAUGGAUGAUCCUUGGGAAGUAAUCAACAACAUAAGAAUUAUAUGUGUUGAAAUGGUAGAGAGAGCAAGAAGUGGACAUCCUGGCACACCGUUGGGACUAGCACCUUUUGUUUUCAAAUUGUUCAGUGAUCAUUUGAGAUUCGACCCAGAUGAUCCAAGUUGGAUUGACAGGGAUGUCUUCAUUCUCAGUAAUGGCCAUGCUUGUGCCUUACAAUACGUUAUGUAUCAUUUGAUAGGAUACGACAUAUCCAUGGAUGAUCUAAAAAGCUUUAGACGGGUAGGUAGUAAAACACCGGGCCACCCCGAGAGAGAGAUCACCCCUGGAAUCGAGGUAACCACUGGACCUUUAGGACAAGGGGUAGCUAAUGCUGUUGGGGUGGCAAUAGCACAACAAAAGCUCAGGUGUCAUAACAAUGGAGACCCAUUGUUUAGUGGUAAGGUUUAUUGUAUUUUUGGAGAUGGUUGUUAUCAGGAGGGAAUAUCAGAAGAAGCUUUCUCGAUAGCAAGCCACUAUAAUUUGAAUAAUUUAGUGUUUAUCUACGAUUCUAAUAAAACCACGAUAGAUGGACCCACCUCUCUAUCUAUGACAUCAGACCCGGUACAGAGGUUUAAAGCGCUAAAUUUUGAGAUUGUACAUGUAGUAGAUGGAAAUGAGGACAUAAAAAGUAUGGGAGAAGCGCUAUCUAGAAACUCGGAUAGACCAAUGGUUAUAAUUCUAGAAACAUCCAUAGGGAGAGGUAGUAAGUUAGAAGGUGAUAGCAAAGCACAUGGAGAGCCUUUAGGCAAAGAAAAUGUUGAUGAUCUGAAAAGAAAGUUUGGUCUAAUGGAUGGAGAAUUCCACAUCAGAGAGUGUGUUUAUAAGCAUUUUAAGGAGAUAAAGGAAAAGAAUAGGAAAGUUAGAGGGGAGUGGAAUAAAUUAAAAUCCAAGUAUCUUUCACAGAAUGGCAAGAAGUGUAAUUUAAUGGAUAUAAAGGACAUAUUUGAACCUGAGAAAAUAAACUUGGAGAUCACCUACCAGCCGUCAAAUGAGAGUAUAGCAACAAGAAAGCACUUCUCCAAUGCUUUGAAUGAAUUCGCCCCACACCUAAAAAAUCUAUUUGGUGGUGCGGCAGAUCUCACCAAGAAUGUUCUAACGAAGUGGAGCGGAUGUGUUGAAUUCACCAGAGACGAUAGAUCUGGUAGUUAUAUCAGAUAUGGAAUUAGAGAACAUGGGAUGUUUGGUAUUAUGAACGGAAUAUCCUCUCUAGGUGUUCAUCUUCCCUAUGGCGGAACGUUUCUAAAUUUUGUCACGUAUGGAUUUCCAUCCGUUAGAUUAGCAGCUCUUUCCAGCCUCAGAGCCAUUUACGUCUUAACCCACGAUUCCAUAGGCCUAGGAGAGGAUGGACCAACCCACCAGCCUAUAGAGACCCUUGCUUUGCUCAGGGCCACACCAAAUUUAGUUGUUUUCAGACCUUUUGAUGGACUAGAAACACGAUUUUCGCUUAGAUAUGCCAUAGAAAGAAGAGGACCCACUGCCAUAGUUCUUUCUAGACAAAAUGUAUCUGAGAUAUCUCACAGCUCCCUAGAGAAAAUGAGUAAAGGAGCAUACUACCUGAUAGAGCACAAAGAUCCAGAGCUAAUAAUUCUAUCUACUGGAUCCGAGGUACCUCUAUCACGGGAGGUGGUUGAAUUGCUUCAUCCUAGAAGAGUGUCUCUCGUUUCAUUUCUAUCCUUUGAGCUAUUCGAGGAUCAGCCUCUGGAGUACAAGAACUACGUCUUACCCAAGGAUGUUCCAAAGGUGAGUAUUGAAGCACUCUCUACCUUUGGGUGGCACAAAUACUCAGAUUUUCAGAUCGGUGUUGAUAAAUUUGGAAUGUCAGGUAAUUACAAAGAGGUAUUUGAAUACUUUGAAUUCACUCCAAAUAAGCUAAAAGAAAGGAUUCUUCUUUUAUUGAAAGAUGUAGAUCCAUAA